AUGGAUGAGGUGUUAAAUGCUACAUAUAUAACUUUAGAUGGGUAUGUUGAAGUUAACAAGUACAGAUAUGUUUAUUUUUUUAUUUUCUUUAUAUUAUAUAGUUUAAUAAUCUGCAGUAAUUCUACUAUUGUGUACAUAAUCUGGAUUCAUAAAAACCUUCAUGAGCCUAUGUACAUUUUCAUUGCAGCUUUGCUAUUGAACUGUGUUCUUUACAGCACAACUGUUUAUCCAAAACUGCUGAUUGACGUUUUAUCUGAAAAACAAGUCAUAACAUAUUCAGCCUGUAUCUUUCAGUUGUUUAUGUUUUACACUCUAGGUGGUUCUGAGUUCUUUCUCUUGGCAGCCAUGGCCUAUGACAGAUAUGUGGCUAUAUGUAAACCUCUACAAUAUCAAACUAUCAUGGGUAAAACCACUGUGAGUAUUUUCCUGUUCAUAGCUUUGCUUAUACCUGCUUGUCAUAUUGCAGUCCCAGCAAUAGGGAGUGCUGAAGCAACAUUGUGUAAUGUUAAUUUAAAGGGAAUAUUUUGUAAUAAUGCAAUUUACACUCUUCAGUGUGUAAGGUCAAGAUUAAAUACUGUAUUUGGAGUAGUUAGUUUAAUAGAUCUUGUAAUACUUCCUAUGGUCUUUGUAGUUUUCACAUAUACAAAAAUAUUUAUCGUCUCUUAUCAAAGUGGUAAAGAAAUUAGAAAAAAAGCUGCUGAGACGUGUUUACCCCACCUGUUAGUUUUAAUCAAUUUCUCCUGUUUAAGUAUCUACGAUGUAAGCAUAGCUCGAGUGGAAUCAGAUUUUCCCAAAACUGCGCGAUUAAUAAUGACAUUACAAAUAGUGCUCUAUCAUCCAUUGUUUAAUCCAUUCAUUUAUGGGAUCAAAAUGAAGGAAAUUUCUAAACAGCUAAAAAGAUUUUUCUGUCAUGAUAAAAAUCAUUUCAUGAAGACUAAGUUCCUGCAAUUUGUUCUGUAA